AGAUUUUUCAUCAUCUCCAUCUUCAUCGUCGUCAUCUUCUUCUUCUUCUUCUUCUUCCUCAGCUGCAUCUGUAGUAUCUUCGUCAGCAGCGGCAGAUUCAGCAUCAUCGCAGAACAAAAGGACCACAAGCACAGAAUAUGCACCAACAACGUUUGAAGCAGAAGGAAGAGCAGUAGAAUACGCAGACAAUGACUACGGGAAUGACAAGCAUGUCCAUCAAAGCAAACCGGUGGAGCAUGUUCCGAAUGUCUGGCAACAGCAGAAGCUGCUAUCUAAAGAAAUCAAAGACCAGCACAUUUUGGACUGCCAAAAGCGUGGCGUUAAUGACACGCCGCCGCAUCAGCAACAACAACAACAGAGUACCGCUGAAAAUCACAGCACGACAGCUAAAUCACUGGCUGUCACAGAAAGCAACAGUG